AACGUGAAAAAGUCUUAAAUUUAGUAUUCGUAAAUUAAGGCCUUGAAAAGGUAUUGAAUUUUGUUCACAGGUCUUAAAUUUUGUUCAAAAAGUCUUAAUUUUCAUCCACCUCCUUAUUUGAUACGGCGCCACAACAUGUAUUUUUUUGUUCGUUGUUACAGCGAAUCUUAGAACACCCAAACGUUGCAUUUUAGUAGGUUACAUCCUAAAUAUCAGGCAACCUGUACCGAUUCAUUGUAAACUGAUUGAGACGCUGACACCCCCCUCUGCAUUGCAUUGUGUUCUCUUUGGUACAGUCUUUGAGUUCGCGCGAAGUGAAAUCCGAAAAAAAUGUGUUGACAUUAAAGUAGGCUACUCUAUUUGCUAGAGAUGGGCAAAUGUCGGUUCAAUCCGUCGUGGGUACACGACCCUAAGUAUAACUGGGUUCAGCCUGUGCCAGGGAAUGUGUGGGAGGCACAGUGUACUUUAUGCAGAAAAACCUUCAAACUUGGGACCAUGGGGCAUAUAGCCUUGAACUCCCAUAUGAAGAGUGCUAAGCACACAAAAUUGGUUGAAGUGCGUUCGAGCCAGGCACCGAUAGCAACUUUCUGUGUGCCACCUUCAGUGCAGUCUACCUCCGUGGCUAGCGCUACACCACUGCAGCAGGUACCACUGUCAGGGUUACUGUGCGGGUCAACACCAACUCUGCAGGCAGAGGUAAUAUGGACUCUUAGGACAGUAUACGAACACCACUCCUACUCCUCCAAUGAGGGCAUCACCGAUGUAUUCAAAUGCAUGUUCCCUGACUCUCAAAUCGCGGCAACAUUUUCAUGCGGGAGCAACAAGACAGCGUAUCUUACGAAGUUCGGUCUCGUCCCUUUUAUCAGUAAGGAGCUCACCGAGCAGGUAAACCAGGCUGUUGGUUUUGUGCCAAUGUUGGACGAAAGCCUCAACAAAAGCACAAAAACCAAACAGCUUGACAUCCAUCUCCGCUACUGGGACGGUGACCGUGUUCGAUCACGAUAUUUUGGCUCGCAGUUCAUGGGCCAUGCAAAGGCGGUGGACCUUCUCAGUAAUUUCAAGGAGUGUUUACGUGACCUUGAUUUGAGGAGGAUGGUCUCUUUGUCCAUGGACGGACCCAACGUCAAUUGGCGUUUUCUUGAGAUGCUGCAGACGGAGCAUGCUGAGCAUUUUGGGGGUGCCCAGUUGGUUGUAGUGGGAAGUUGUGGGCUACACACUCUACAUAAUGCUGUCAAAUGUGGAUUCACUGAGUGGCAUAUGGAGAAGUUCUUAAGAGCUCUUCAUACUAUUUUUCACAAUGUGCCAGCAAGAAGGGAGGAUUUUUGCAAUCUUACAAAGUCCAAAACCUUUGCUUUGCCUUUCUGUGGUCACCGCUGGAUCGAGAACCUCCCAGUAGUGCAGAGAGCCAUUGAGAUCUGGCCUGACAUGAAGAAAUAUGUUGAUGCUGUUACAACCAAGAAGCUCCCAAACCCUGGAACGUCUUCUUAUGACACCAUCGAGGUGGCAACCAAAGACCCUCUUAUUUUGGCAAAGCUGCAUUUUUUCAUGGCAGUUUCACGAAGUGUGACACCCUUCUUGACAAAGUAUCAAACGGAUGAACCUAUGCUUCCAUUCUUUGCCAAUGACUUGGCUGAAUUACUGAAGAAUUUGCUGAGGCGAUUCAUCAAGCGAGAGCUACUGACUGAUGUCACACCUCAGCACUUGGUACGGCUUGAUGUCACUGACAAGCAGUCGAGGGUGCAUCCAAAGGCAGUGGACAUCGGCAUUGGUGCAGAGACUGCCAUAAAGGAACUCCAACAGCGGAGUAAAUCCUCAGAGGAACUUUCCAUCCUACAUUUUCAAAACCAAUGCAUGGAGUGUCUAUCCAAAAUGGUCCAGAAGAUUCAGGAGAGGAGCCCUUUGAAGUUUCCGAUUGUUAGACAAUUAACUUGUCUGAACCCAGCCUUUAUGUACAGCAACCCUGAACUGUGUCAGAAACAGAUGAAGAGCAUAGUCAGGAAGUUUCUACAAGACAGACAGUUGGAUGGAGGAGUUGCUGCUGGUACAUAUUCAUACAUUAUUUUAUUGAUGAGGUCUAAACAUAACUUGGCCAGCGUCCCCUCUGGUGCCUCCCGGCUCAGGUGCCCGUCAUCCUGCCUUUGCCACGGUUCCCUCAAAGCCAUUGGUCAUGGCUGCUUUGGCCCCUGCUGUGGCGGCAUGUGCCCACAGCAGGCCCCUCGCCCAGUCACUGUCGCGUCCUAUCUAUCUAACCCAGACCAGAGCCCCUCGGCCCAGUCCAGCCUAUCUCAGCUCAGCCUGGUUCAGCCUUGGCGUCAGCAACCGCCCAGUGCCACUCCACCCUGGCAGUGGUAA